GCACCAUUGUCCCCAAACAAAUUUCUCUUGUUAACUCGUCCUCGUUCUUUUGAAGGACGUCUCUUUUCUGUCCCUCUUUCCCUGUCAACCUAGGGUUUUCGAUUUUCCAAUUUUUUGUUUUAGAAAAAAAAGAAUUUGUCUAACCUUCUUGAUAUUAGUUUUCAUCAUUCAUUCUCCCCAAUCAUUUCGUGUCUAAUUCAUUAAAUUUGCAAAGCCGCCGUUUUUUUGGACCUCGAAGGCUGUCGGGUCGGGAAUAUCCCGUAGAAAUGGGACCAGUUUGUUAGGCGCGCCAAGAACGGUGAGCGGUCUGGGAACAUCGAUCAAAUCCGAUGGGUUACUAGCAUUUGACCGCCGUCGGUCCACUCGUCACUCUGUUCACGCAAGGAGGCUUCUAUUGUUCCAUUAAACAAUUUUUUAAUCAUUACAUUUUCCAAAGGAGACAAUUUUUAGGAUGUGGAGACGGCGAAGAAGGCGGCGUUUUAUCAAAAGUUGACGAGGAAAAGGUCGUCAUGAGGUAUUCGCCGGAACAAUUAUUUGAUGUGGUAGCAGCUGUUGAUUUGUAUCAUGAAUUUGUUCCUUGGUGUCGUCGGUCUGACAUAAUUAAACGGUAUCCAGAUGGAUCGUUUGAUGCUGAAUUAGAGAUUGGUUUCAACUUUCUUGUCGAGAGUUAUGUUUCUCAUGUAGAACUAAGCAGACCCAAGUUCGUAAAGUCAACUGCGUCAGAAAGUAGCAUUUUCGAUCAUUUGAUAAACAUUUGGGAAUUCAAUCCCGGAACAGUUCCAGGAACUUGCAACCUUUACUUUCUUGUGGACUUUAAGUUCCAGUCACCACUCUACCGGAAGGUUGCAUCCAUGUUCUUUAUGGAAGUAGUAUCCCGAAUGAUCAGCUCAUUUAGUGAACGUUGCCGAUUGAUAUAUGGUCCUGGGGUUGCAGUCCUUGAGAACUCUUAUGGAGAAAGGACAUGAACAUGUUUCUGGAAGCGACGCUUGCUGUGUAAUGUAUUUUUGUGCAGCAGCUGGAAUUAUUAUCAUAAAGAUACUCUCACAAAUCAAAACGCCUACCGG